AUGGCUAGUUUCAGUGAUUUAGAAGAGGACGAUUCGAUAACUGAGGAUUCUAAUGACAGUGAAGAUGAAGAUCUAGCAAAGAUUGAUGCUUUAUUGGAUCAUUUUUCACUCGCAGUCGAGACUUUUACUGCCCAGAAUAGUAUCUCAUCGCUAUUGGGCUGCCGGAAGCUUCAGGUUAUGAUUUCGUGUGAAAAUUAUCAAUGUUUAAAAAAUGAAGUACUUAUUCUUGAUUGUAACUUUACUGCAGAUUGUAUCCCAGUAUUGAUUAAUUUAUUAGCUUCUCCAUAUGAAGAUCUUGCCAUUAAAUCGAUGCAGCUACUCAUCCAUUGUGCGGAGGAAAUAUUAAUCACUAGAGUUGAUGAUGUUCAAAAAAUUGCCGAUGUAAUCGCAAAGGGUAGAUCCACUCAAUUCCUUCGAUCAACAGCGUCAUUAGUAUAUGCUUGCAUGAAAUAUUUAUAUCAAUCUCCUCAUAUCAUUCCGCUGCUGCAAAUCGUCGUUCUGCUAAUUAAAUCGGAUGAUGUCAAGGUAUUAAAAGAAAUUUUAAAGGCAUGGACUGUCAUCAUAAUCAAUAGGCAUACAAUUUUUUCGUAUAUAAGAGAUGAAACUGAUGAUGAGCUUUGGCAAUUAAAUAUGGAUUUAAUUCCUACUGGUUAUGCAUGCGAAAUUGUAGCUAGCCAGUCAUUAUAUUUGCAGAAUCCUAUCGUUGAGUUGUUGUACUUCGCGAUUGAAAAGUUUCUGCUAGAUAGCAAAGUGCUGUCCUAUCUUCAUAAUCUAUUACGUAAAAAGUGUAUUCAUAGUACUUCUGAUCUUUCGGAGAUAUUAACCAUUAUCAAUCGAUUAAUUUAUCAUGGAUACGAACUAGUACAGAAAAUGAUCGAUGAAGAUGUGGUCUCUACAAUAUUUAAAUGUUCAGAAAUGUCACCUGGCUUGGAUAGGAAAAUGAUAACAAGUAUAUUCGCAGAUAUGAUCAAUUUUGCAAGUGAUGAUCAGGUACGUGAUCUUGUCCAAAAGCAUGACCGAAUGAUUAUUUACCUGUUUGCAUCAUUAAUUGAUCAAAAUAAAUAUAAGAAUAUGAUGCCAUCCUUCUUUGGUUUACAUUCUGUGGUAUCAAAGUGUAAGUGGCUACCGAAUCUAUCGAAAGAAAUGAAGAAUGAUGCUCUAGCACAGUUACGGAUUAUUCAUACAAAUGGGCAACCGGAAGUAUCUGCGUUAGCGGAAGAGCUGUACAGUUUCAUACAAAAGUUCAAAUAA